AUUAUCUGGAGAGAAUCCUGCUGCGGGGGCAUUUUAUAUUUUCAGGAUCUCUAAACCCAGAUUGCUCGAGCGGUGUGUUACAACUCAUUCUAUCCUUAUCGCUGUCCUGUGUGCCUCCCGUCCGCCCUUCUGUCUGUUGUCGGGAUUAUGCCUGGGAGGGCCUGCGGCUCCUGUUCCAGGCGAGCGCCUGACACCCUCCCACCUCCCCAACAUGGCCGCCGGCCGGAUGUCGGGUGGAAGGCCCCUAUCGCGCCUCUAGGAGCGGCGGCAGGCGGCUCGCGCUCGCGAGAGAGGGGCACCCUGGGACGGGGGAAGAGACCCGAGCGGAGGUCACGACGCAGCGCCCUCCUGCCUCCUCCUCCCGUCUCGGCGCAAAGAUGGCGAACGUCGUGCUGGAGUUCAAGGCGGCAGCGGGCGACUCGGAGCCCCAGAGCCGCCCGGUGUUGGUCGUGGGCCGGCUGGCCAACCUGCAGCAGGUUACCUGGGCUGAGGUGAAGGGGAAGCUGCAGCCCACCGUCUCCAAAGAGACCUGGCAGUCGGCUCUCAGCGCCUUGAACCCCAACCCCACGGACAGCUGCCCGCUGUACCUGAGCUACGCCAGCGUGGCGGCCCUGCCCUCCCGAGUCAGCCGGCACAACAGCCCCUCUGCCGCCCACUUCCUCACCCGCCUGGUGCGCAGCUGCCUGCCGGGGGGCGCCAGUCGCUGCAUCGUGGUGGUGUGCGAGCGCUCGGAGGUGUUCGCCUCGGCCUGCGCCGUCGCCCGCGCCUUCCCUCUCUUCUCGCGCCGCUCCAGCGCCUCCCGCAGGGCGGACAAGCGGCUGGUGGUCGUGGAGUUCGUGACGGUGGGCGAGGACAACGGGCCGCUGGAUCUGGGCACCCUGGAGUGCCUGUCCAGCACGGCGGACGGCGUGCGGCUGGCCGCGCGCAUCGUGGACACGCCCUGCAACGAGAUGAACACGGAUCACUUCCUGGAGGAGAUCAAGGCAGUCGGUAAUGAGCUGCGGAUCGUUCCUGUGAUCAUCCGCGGAGAGGAGCUCAGAGAGAAGGGAUUCGGAGGGAUCUACGGCGUGGGGAAGGCGGCUGAGUACCCCCCUGCCCUGGCAGUUCUCUCUCACACUCCAGAGGGCGCCACACAGACCAUCGCCUGGGUGGGGAAGGGGAUCGUCUAUGACACGGGCGGCCUCAGCAUCAAGGGAAAGACCACCAUGCCGGGGAUGAAGAGGGACUGUGGGGGUGCUGCUGCUGUUCUGGGAGCCUUCAGAGCAGCUGUGAAACAGGGCUUCAAGGACAACCUGCACGCAGUGUUCUGCCUGGCGGAGAACUCGGUGGGCCCGAACGCCACGCGACCCGAUGACAUCCACACCCUCUACUCCGGAAAGACGGUGGAGAUCAACAACACGGACGCGGAGGGCCGGCUGGUGCUGUCGGACGGCGUUGCCUACGCCAGCAGGGACCUGGCGGCGGACAUCAUCCUGGACAUGGCCACGCUCACGGGGGCGCAGGGGAUCUCCACGGGCAAGUACCACGCGGCGGUGAUGACGAACAGCGAGGAGUGGGAGGCGGCGUGCGUGCGGGCCGGCCGCAGCAGUGGGGACCUGGCCCAUCCGCUGGUCUACUGCCCCGAGCUGCACUUCAGCGAGUUCACCUCCGCCGUGGCCGACAUGAAGAACUCCGUCGCGGACCGCGAGAACGCGCAGAGCUCCUGCGCAGGCCUGUUUAUCGGCUCGCACCUGGGCUUCGACUGGCCCGGGGUCUGGGUCCAUGUGGACAUUGCGUCCCCAGUGCAUGCGGGAGAGCGUGCCACCGGGUUCGGCGUCGCCCUGCUUCUGGCCCUGUUUGGGCAGGCCUCCGAAGACCCCCUGCUCAACCUGGUGUCCCCCCUGGGCGGCCAGGACAGGGGCCGGCCUGAGCAGAUGGAGCGCGACUGCAAGAGGAGGAGGCUGGUUUAACCGCACCCCAGCAGCAGCAGGCAGAGCCCCGCUCCCCCCCCCCGAGCACACUGCGGGAGCCCCACCCUACUAACUUGCACUGAUCGGUCUCUUCGCAGAACCUUCGCACAUCCAGACUGAAAUCUACAGACACCUAAAUAAUCCUGUCGCUUUUGAUUCUUCUUUCGUUUUCCAAGCCAGGGAUGGGCAGCUUCAGUCCUUGAGAUCUUGGGACUCAGGAGAAGCAGAGACUCCUGUGGGUUUUAGGUCUUAACCAGUUGCAGAACCUUGAAGACCCGGGGUUGCCCAUCCAUGAUGUCCUGUGGGCAAUAUUUGUUUAUUUGUCGAAUGUGAAGUUUCACUGGGUGUGGUCCACAAAGGGAGGAAUGUGAUUAUCCCUUGUGUCUAGGACACACUGUAAAUGUAUAUUGGGCCAGUCUCUUGCAAGCUGCUGCACUGCUUUAAAAAGAUAUUCAAUAACCACCAGUAAAUGUGCAGUAUAGCCAAAAUAUAGCAGGUCUCCAACUUUUGUCCUGGAGAAAUCCAUUUCUUCAGCUCUUUGUAGGUGUCUUCAGGUUGCUGACUAAAGGUCACUUCAAACCUGAGCAAUUAAGCCAAUGAAAUAAGUGGUUCAGUUGAGAAUUUGAGAAUUACAUCUUCAUUGAAAACCAUGACGGUUUUAAAUUUCCAGGACUAGGGAUUUGCAAAACAUCUUGCUAUAAGUAAGUCCAAUUUUAAAACAUCGAAUCGCAAACAAAUUGAUAAGUGGUUUGGCUUUGUUUUGUAUUUCCUGUGGUCUAAGGAUCUGUGCUGGUGGAAGUCUGUAGUGACUUAGUAAGAACCACAGACUGCUUCCUUUCCUGCAAUGAGCAGCAAUUUCCCACUAGUGCUGAGGGCUUAGGAAAAGGACCCUGUCGGUCAACGUAACAUCUGUUGCAAAAUGCUUCUUUUGUAUUAAAUUUGUUCAGACCAGACGUACUGUCAUGCUUCACUUACCCAAAGAGCAUCUCUUUGAAACACUGAUGCCAAAUCCAAUCAUUAAAGAAAAGUAAAUGGAAAAAUAGAGCUGUAUCCUCUUUUUUUUGUUUCUGAUGCACAAGAUACAGAAGAAAGGUUCAUGUUGCAUAUGACAUACUCUGUGAUCACUGCAAAGUAGGACUUUGGUAAUAAAAUUUGUAAAAUUUGGAAAUCA